AUGGCCUACAUCAGUGUCCUGAUCACAGGAGAGAGUGCCAGUCGGGCUACAGCUAUCUUCGAGAACACCGAAUAUGAGAUCUCGAACCAGUGUUCUAAUACAUUUCCUAUUACUUUUGAUUUUAGUAGACUAAGUUGGACACUUUGCUUACCGCACCAAUCUAGUGAGCACUGUUGGAGCUCCGCCCCUGAUAAGGUGUGCAGGCCAGUAUGUGUGGAGGUGCCCUCAGAAACCGAGGCUGUUGUUGGGAACCCCAUGAAACUGACCUGCAUUUUCUGUCUGAAGAGGGAGGAGGUUAGCCCAAUUACAAUAGUGAACUGGUUCUACACCCCACCUGGAGGAAAACGCGUCAAUAUCCUCUAUUAUAACGAAUUAUCCCAAAAAGAGAAUGACCGUCCCAGGGAACUGGAAAGUCCGUUGAAAGGACGCCUGGCGUGGAACGGAAGUAGAGACAUGCAGGAACUUUCCAUCAGAAUCCUUAAUGUCACCGUGAAUGACACAGGCACCUACACGUGUAAGGUUUUCCGACAGUUCACGUUUGACUUUUACUCGCCCUCGGUCAACAAGACUCUGGACAUCCACCUGGCGGUCAAAGAGGAAGCCAGUGAAGACACCACUGCCAUUUACUCAGAGAUCAUGAUGUAUGUCCUGCUGGUCUUCCUCACCUUCUGGCUGCUGGUUGAGAUGGUCUACUGCUACAGAAAAAUAUCCAAAUCAGACGAGCAGGCCCAGGACACCGCGACAAACUACCUAGCCAUUCCCUCAGAAAACAAAGAGAACCUGGGUGUUCCAGUUAUGGAAUAAGAAUGAUUGUCACACACCAAUACGGUAUUUUGAAUGUGCAUCUCAGUCUGAUCUUGAUCAGAAAAUCACUCCUUUUCAACUCAUUGUGUGUAACUAACAAAUUCUUUACACGUCUUUACCCGUAUCUGCCAUUUUCUCCCAUGAGGAAUUAUUCACUCACACCGUGGAAAUAACAUACCCCUCGUCAAACAUCUCUGUACCUGCUCUUCAUUUACCAUCUCUUCUUUCUCACUCAUAGUAUUACUACAUAGAAGUAACCUAACAGUUUAACAGAAGAGAAAAAAAACACAGUUAUAUAAGACAUCCACUCUCCACAUUUGAUUCCCUAGUACUUGAUGUGUCUUUUUUCAAAGGGAGAAGUCUGAUCAGUGGAACAGUGGAAGAAAUCUGUUGAGGCGCUGAACAUUCUUUUUGAACAUACCCCCGCUGAGUUUCCAGAACAGUGGAUGAAAACAUUUGUUUGUAUUGCUAGGGGCUGCGUGAGGCAAUGCUAUGUUUUUAGUUUAGUACUUACAGGUUUAUGUGGCAGUUAUUUAUUGCCUUACAUUUUUGAAUUUGUUUCAUAUAUACAUAUGUACAUGCUGUAUAUAUUUAUACAUAUUUUUAAAGUACUUUUACCUAGUCUGUACGAAUAGAGAUUUGUAAAGUGUUGAAUACAUCAAGCAACUUAAUCAGUCCUUCUCUG